AUGUAUAAAUACAAAAUUAACAGUUUACCAGAUUUGGCGAAUCAUAAACGAGAACGAACUUUAACUAAAAAACUAGUUGAAGCUAACAAUCAGAUUGAAAAGCUUAAACGGGAGCUGCAGCUGGUGAAAAAAUCAAAACGAAAAACUGAAGAAGGUCAAGUGAGAGGUCAGGGAACAGAAAGAGAAUGUUUUACAACUGCUAAAAGAGACUCUAAAUCUAGCAAUAAAAAGUUAAAUAAAUAUGAUUCUGAACAUGCGAAAGAUUCGAACAUGGUUUCAAUAGGGACAUGUAAGUGCUCGAAAACUUAUAAAAGUUCAGUUCAAAGAAACGAAAGAGUAGAAGAAGAAAAUAGAGAUCCUUCUUUUAAUAUAAAUUCCAAACAUUCUCUAGAUCCCUUGACAAACGAAGAAAUCGAAAUCUCAGCCAAAGUGGAACAUUAUGAAGAACUACCAGAAAUAAAAGAUUUGCAAAACGAGAAAGCAUUUGAUAUGGUAGUGAAAAAGUUAAUACCUCUAAUUCGACAAGAAUUUUUUGAAAGUACAAGUCAGUUGUCCAAGGCAAGUACUUAUUACGAUCGUACCGAAGAAAUUUCCGUAAUUUUGCAAGAUCCAGAAUCAAAAGAAAAAUACGCGGGACAUAGAACUUUUAAACCAGCUUUUUCUACCCUGAAAGAGAAAAGUGACAUGAUUUCAACAGCAUCAGAAAUUGAUAACGCACCCAAAACCGAAACGAGAGAGAGUACAGGUGAAGAACAAGGAAUAAAAGAAACAAACAGCACUGAUCAAGAAACAGGCAAAAUGGUAUGUAAUGGUCAGAUGGUCUCUUCACAUGGUGCUAGUUCAGACUUUGAAAAACACUACAGCAGUAAAGAUUUUUCUUCCAAAGAAUUUACAGAAGAUUCACUGGAAACCGAGAAGUACAUCCCUGGAUCUAAAUUUUACUCUAAAAUUGACCUACCAAAAAAGAAGGAAAUUCGUAGAAAAACCGAAUGGGAUCCUCAUAACCUGAAUGAUUUGAAAAAUUCAAUUAAAAAUAUUGCAGAAUCGACAAGAAUAUCAGAAGAAUGUUCCCAUCCGGAUAAAGACAGUAUCAUAUUGCAAGAAGAAAAGAAGGAUAAAAUUACAGACACAGACGAUCCCUUUGAUAAUUUAAGGCCUGAAACAUUUUCGAAACAUCAGGACUCUUGUAAUUUCCUAGAUGGUUCAGGCGUUGAAAAACAAUACAGCAGCAAAGAUUAUUCUGCCACAGAAUUAAUCGACAAUGAUACAUUAGAAACUAAGAAGUAUAUUCCUGCAACUAAAUUUUACUCCAGAACUGACACCCCUAAAAAAAGGGAGAAUCGUAGAAAAACCGAAUUGGAUUCCUCCGAUUUAAAUGAUUUGAAAAAUUUAAUAAAAGAUAUUUCAGAAUCGAUAAGCAUGUCAGAAAAACAGGAUAGAGUUAUAGACACAGACUAUCCAGUUCAUAAAUUAGGAUCUGAAGUUUCGAAGCACCAGGACUCUCAUAACUUAAUAGAAGAUCCAAUUCCCCAGGAAGAUGAAACUGCAGAUCUAUCGUGUGACGAUCUGAUUUCAAGAAGCUUAUCAGAAUUGCAAACAACACGCAGCCCCGAACAAUUUCCAGCAGAUAUAGAGGAAAAAGAAAUUAGCUCAGAAAGUGGGCGUGAGGGGCUUACAUCGAAAUUAUCUGGAAUUAGACAAAAGGAAAGAAAUGCACAAGAGUUAAGUGGGUAUGUUCCUGGUUCCAAGUUUUACUCCAGAAUUGACCUCCCUAAAAAAAGGGAAGUUCGUAGAAAAACCGAAUUAGAUUCCCAGGUCCUGAACAAUUUGAAAGAUUUCAAAAACAUUGCAGAAUCGACAGGAAUAUCAGAAAAAUAUUCCCAUCCGCAUGAAGACAGUAUCAUAUCACAAGAACAAAAUGGUUCAAUUGUAGAGGAAAACUUAGAUUAUCCUUUUGAUAGUUUAGUGUCGGAGACACUUUCAAAGCAGCUUCAAGAUUCAUACGACUUGUUAGAAGAUCCAAAUAAUCAGCAAGAUGAAAACGCCGAAAAAUCUGCAGAUAGUUCAUGGGACGAUUUGAUUUCGCGAACAUUAUCAGAAUUGCAAACAACUCUCAGUCCCGAACAAGUUUCAAUAUGUGCAAAGGAGAAAACAAUCCCCAAGGCAAUCACCGCAGAAAGAGUGGAUGGUGGGAAAAAAGCGACAUCAUCCAGAAUUAAACUCGAGGAGGGAAAAGGUCAAAUUAAAAGUGAUUCAGUAGUUAUUUAUCCAAAACGUUCCCGUAAGCAGAAAACGAUUCCAAUAAGAAAAAUCGACACAAAGAGUGGGAAUACAGAAAAAGCGAUGAAAGGACCAUCAGAAGAAUACUCGAAAAAAAUGGAAGCUUAUCAUGCAUUAGACAAAGAUUCGAAAGAUGAAUUUAAAAACAAAAACAUGACUGAUCAAGAAAAGUUUCAAUUGAGCUCAAAGGAUACUUCAAGCUUUGAUUUAGAAGAUCACAUAAAUGAUGGUAAAAUAUGUAAAAACGGAUCUCGAACUGAGCACAUGAAAAAUAUAUACGAUAAAAAAUUACUAGCAGAGAAAUUAAGGGAUGGAACUGAAGAAAUUAUGUCAACUACCUCUAACACGCAUCAUGACAACAGAGAUGACGAAUUAUCGGCACAAGAAUGGCAACAACUGGGUGUAAUUCCAAGUGUAAGUUGGGAUAACAGUGACAAUAAUGCACAGUCAUAUGAAAAGGGUUCAUCAGCAAGUGGGGAAAGAGUUUAUGAAGAACCAGUGGAAGAUGAGUGGAAUUAUUCAGAUGAAGCUAAUGAAAUCGAUUUAAAUACAGGCACACUCAAACAUCAUUCUGAACGAAAUUCAAGUGGACCGUCAGAAAUAGCAAUAAAAAAUAAAAAUGGUCAAGGACAAAGAAACGGAAAAACACAUAAAACUAAGCAAACCAGAAAACAAUCAAGUACAAGUUCAGGAGAAAUUCCUAGAGAAAGCAAUGCAAAAUCAAAGGAAAAAAGGUACAGUAUUGAAAACGGAGAGCAUGUAGAGGAACUAUCAGAAAAAUCUGUAGAAGAUUUUACUCAUGCUAAUUGGAGCAGAGAUUCAUUGGACAGGGACCACCUGUUCUCCAUUUUAAUGACUAAGAAUGAUGGGCAGUAG